CAAUUAUACCUUAAGAUAUUUUAACACGAAUGUUCGUCUCUGUGAGGUAAUGGACAGGACUCUGUAGAUCAGUUUCAACCACGGGAAGAAUGAUGAAGAAGGAUAUUAACUUCGACUCAGACCUCAAGCCUCAUCUCCGCGACGCCGAGAGCAUCCUCAGCUCCCCGGACCUGGGGCUCCUCAAGCUGGCCUCACCGGAGCUGGAGAGGCUCAUCAUCCAGUCCAACGGCAUGGUCACCACGACCCCGACCAGCGCCCAGUUUCUGUUCCCCAAGACGGUCACGGACGAGCAGGAGUUCGCGGAGGGCUUCGUAAAGGCGCUGGAGGAUUUACACAAGCAGAACCAGCUGACCGGAGCCGAGCAGACCGGCAGCAGCCUGGAGCUCAGCGCCAACAUCGCCCCGGUGUCUGUGCAGCCGGAUCCCCCGGUGUACACAAACUUGAACAGCUACGGCAGCGGGCCACUGGGAACCACUGUCAACUACGCCACGGACACGGUCCCUUUCCCGCCUCCUCCGUCGCUUCAUUUCGGGGGAACCCCUCCGGAGCUCUCGCGGGUCCAAUCAGCGAAGGAGGAGCCUCAGACGGUCCCGGACGUGCAGAGCUUCGGGGACAGUCCGCCACUGUCUCCCAUCGACAUGGAGUCACAGGAGCGCGUCAAAGCCGAGAGGAAGAGGCUCAGGAACCGGAUAGCGGCGUCCAAGUGUCGGAUGCGUAAACUGGAGAGGAUCUCCAGACUGGAGGACAAGGUCAAAACGCUGAAAAACCAAAACACCGAUCUGGCCUCGACGGCGAGCCUGCUGAGGGAGCAAGUGGCCCAGCUGAAACAGAAAGUCCUCACUCAUGUCAGCAGCGGCUGUCAGCUGCUGCCACAUGAAGUUCAGGUGCACUAGUCGGACAGACAGACGGCUGCUGAUCAGCACAUAAGCUCGUCGGACUCUAAUGUUGUUUCUUCUGUAUGAAUGAAGCCCAGAUGUGUGCCGUGAUUGUGAAUGAGGCCAAACUGUACAUUAAUAAUCGACUGUUUGAGUGGCUGUUAACAUAACGUGUACAACAUGAUUUAAGACCCAUUUUUGGCGAUAACACUCACUCUAAAGCUAUAUAUUCUGUUAGUUGGAUUUUAUUUGGCGUAAAAAUGCCCAGAAUAGAUCCAACUUGCUCGCCAACCGGUGGAGACA